UAGACUACUGUCGGGCCCUGCAGAAGGAGAUAGAGGAAAGAUCCCAGGAAGGGCCUCCACACAGAGCAGGCAUGGGCUACAUCACUCUGCCACGCCGCCUGUUCCUUUGGUGCAUGGCUCUCAUCUACAUGGUCGCCUUCGUCUCCCUCUACCUGCAGAUACCAGGUGAGAUAUCUAGCUAGCUGUCCCAUUUAGCUAGCUAUGAUAGCUUUCUUGCCAGUUAUGGUUGUUAUGGUAUGCUAGCAGCUGUUAGCCAACUAGCUAGCUAGCUACCUAUAGCAUUGUACUCAACUUUCAGCGCAGUGCACAGUAAUUGAAGUCAUCAAGCGUAUUUAAAGUUUCAUAACUUUUUAAGCAUUGCUUUUUUGCAUUGCUUUGCAUCCCCUGUAGCUAGCUAUCGAGAUAGUUAAGCAACUUGUUACUCUGUUUCAGUUGCUAGCUAGUUUGGCAAAGUAUUUUUAGCCAGAUAAUGGUAGACACAAAUUACAUUUUAUUCAUACUUAACCUGACUUCUUUCUGUCUCAAGACACGGGUCACAUCUAUUUAUAAGUCAUUUCCUUUGAGAGCGUUUUAACCUGCCUGACCAAGAUAAAUUAGUUUCAUAUUGGAUUUUUGGUAGAUAUUCUAAUUUUUUAUUUUUUUAAUAAUACGAUUUAGGAUUUCAUUCUAAAAUUGCUCUUACACACAGUGUUCCAUGACUAAAAUGAUAUAUUCUGAAUUGGGGGAGGAUGGACAAAAAUCCACAUUUUUUGUUCUUGAUAUUUUGGAGGGAGGAGGGGUUUCAAUCUUCAAUAGCUCUCACACAAAGUGUGCCAUGACUAUGAAAGUUAUAUAUUUUGAAUCUGGGGCGGAUGGACAAAAAAGCGCCCAAAAAUGUGUGUAUAUAUAUAAAUCAUUGAGUGGGACACAUUCUAUUUCAGUGCCAGCAAUAUUGGAGGGAAGGGGAGAAAUUGUUAUUUUGAUUUAAUAAUAAUAAUAAUAAUUGGUUAUUUAGCAGACGCUCUUAUCCAGAGCGACUUACAGGAGCAAUUAGGGUUAAGUGCCUUGCUCAAGGGCACAUCGACAGAUUUUUCACCUAGUCGGCUUGGGGAUUAGAACCAGCGACCUUUCGGUUACUGGCACAACGCUCUUAACCACUAAGCUACCUGCCGCCCUGGUUUAAGGAGUAAUAGUGUUGAAGAGCUUAAAUUAACUGCUAAAUCUUCAGGGGAUGUAGUAUUUAAUUAUGUAUUUAUCUUUCGAGAAUAAUGAGUAGGAUUUACACCUUCCCUGUCUCUGGUCCACACUCCAGUCGAGUUGGUGGUGGUAAUGCACCUUAAGGUUUGUUUCCAACCUUAAUAAAACAUCCAUAGAAGAGGAAGAAUCAAUUUUGCCUGUUCCCCCGACAGAUACACACAGACCGCAUGAGAGGAAUGUACACCACGACGAGAGGCAAAUACAUUUCGUGAGGUAUCUUUACCCUCUUGAUAGUUGUAGUAGUAAUUAUCAUUCUUGAAAGUAUGCAGAUUGAAAGCAAAAAAAAAUUAUGAGCUGUGGAUUUUUCUCCAUCCUCCCCAGAUUCUGAAUAUAUCAUUUUCAUACAUUUACAUUUAUAUUUUAGUCAUUUAGCAGACGCUCUUAUCCAGAGCGACUUACAGGAGCAAUUAGGGUUAAGUGCCUUGCUCAAGGGCACAUUGACAGAUUUUUCACCUAGUUGGCUCUGGGAUUUGAACCAGCGACCUUUCGUUUACUGGCACAACGCUCUUAACCACUAACCAUGGCACGCUUUGUGUAAGAGCUAUUGAAGAUUGAAAUCCCAGAUCUUAUUCUAAAAACAAAAAUUGUGUGGAUACUUCUCCAUCCACCCCUGAUUCAGAAUAUACACUACAUGGCCAAAAGUAUGUGGACACCACUUCAAAUUAGUGGAUUCGGCUAUUUCAGCCACACGCGUUGCUGACAGGUGUAUAAAAUCGAGCACACAACCAUGCAAUCUCCAUAGACAAACAUUGGCAGUAGAAUGGCCCAUACUGAAGAGCUCAGUGACUUUCAACGUGGCACAGUCAUAGGAGCUGCCCAGGUCAACUGUAAGUGCUAUUAUUGUGACGUGGAAACGUCUAGGAGCAACAACUGCUCAGCUGCGACGUGGUAGGCCACACAAGCUCACAGAAUGGGACCGCUGAGUGCUGAAGCACGUAGCGCGUAAAAAUCGUCUGUCCUCGGUUGUAACACUCACUACAGAGAUCCAAACUGCCUCUUGAAGCAACGUCAGCACAAUAACUGUUUGUCGAGAGCUUAAUGAAAUGGGUUUCCAUGGCCAAGCAGCCACACACACGCCUAAGAUCACCAUGCACAAUGGCAAGCGUUGGCUGGAGGGGCGUAAAGCUCCCUGCCAUUGCCCAACAUCAAUGUCCGACCUCACUAAUGCUCUUGUGGCUGAAUGGAAGCAAGUCCUCGCUGCAAUGUUCCAACAUCUAGUGGAAAGCCUUCCCAGAGGAGUGGGGGCUGUUAUAGCUGCAAAGGGGGGAUCAACUCCAUAUUAAUGCCCCUGAUUUUGGAAUGAUAUUUUCGAAGAGCAGGUGUCCACAUACUUUGUAGUGUACCAUCUUCAUAGUCAUGGCAUGCUUGGUUCAAUAGCUAUUGAGGAGAGAGAACCGAAUAUCCAAUAUAAAACACAUUUUACCUAGGUGUUCAACUGACAGUCUCACAACCUUAGGCCUAGUAGGGGUUCUCCUAUGGAACUCCAUCCUAAAGUAAACCUUCAGGACAAGUUACUUAUUCUCCCUGUUGACAAGGUGUGUGUGUUUUCCAGGCCUGUAUGGAAAUGAUGGCCUGUUACCAGCGCGAUGGCAGCUGCGGUACAGUGGUAAGGCUCUCUGGGAACAGCUCCUCUCCUCUCCCACCUUACUGUGGCUCGCACCACGUCUGGGUGAGUUCCUAAACAACAUUUUAUCAAUGUGUUGUGACCAACUGAUAAUUUGAUUCAUAAAUCAAAUACAAUCUAACAGUGUGAACUGUAUUCUAGGUCUUGACACCCAGACUGCCAUGGAGCUGCUCUGCCUGCUGGGGGCAGCCCUGAGCCUGGCUGCUUCACUACUGGAAUCACUCAGAGACAGCCUGGUGUUUCUAUUUCUCUGGAUCAUAUACCUGUCAAUGUACCAGGUCAGUUAUACUACACACACACACACACACACAUAUACACACUGCUGUAGCGGGAGCCAGUAUACAGUACGCCAGAUCUCUGACUCUGCCUGUUGUUCCAGGUGGGACAGGUCUUCCUCUACUUCCAGUGGUGAGUUGUGUGUGUGCCACGCCCAGAGUGAAUGCCACCCUGAAGUUGCAUGUUAAUUAACACCCCAGUACUGCUGUUAGUGUGUGUAUGAGACUGAGUAGUUUUGGCAGUCAGCUGAUGUGUAUGUGUGAUUGGUGCUCCUGCUGCUGUGCAACUGCACCCGCCAGGUGGCAGUUUAUAAACACUAUAACACAUUGAUAACAACAUUACCAUAGUAACAUCAUGAUGAAAACACUACAACAACAGCAGCCCUGUCUGGGCAUGCUCAGUCUCUGGGUCCUAACACUCUCUCCACCUUGCUCAUUCUCCCUCCCCUUCUCCUCCCUUCCCUUUCUCUGCGAUGGUAUCCAGGGACUCUCUUCUCCUGGAGACUGGGUUCCUGUGUGUGCUCAUCGCCCCGGUGACGUCUUUGGGUGGGUGGCGGGCGGGCAGGGAGCACGACCCUGUGACCUUCUGGUUGGCCCGCUGGCUGCUGUUCAGACUGAUGUUCGCCUCCGGAGUCGUCAAACUCACCUCCCGCUGCCCUACCUGGUGGGGCCUCACAGGUAGCUGUGUGUGUGUGUUGCAUAAUUGCUCAGGCAGGUCACCUAACUCAUCAGACAUCUUACUGCCACUGAGACUGCUGUUUCUGAGCGUCUUUCUCUCUCCCUGAUGUACCACAGAGACCCAGUGUAUCGCUACGUCUCUGGCCUGUGCGUGUGUAACAUGUGUAUAUCUCUCUCGAGCCCUGACAUACAGUGCCUUCGGAAAGUAUUCAGACCCCUUGACAUUUUCCACAUUUUGUUACGCUACAGCCUUAUUCUAAAAUUGAUUACAUUGUUUUUUCCCCCUCAUCAGUCUACACACAAUACCCCAUAAUGACAAAGCUAAAACAGGUUUUUAGAAAUGUUUGCUAACUUUAUUACAAAUAAUAAACUGAAAUAUCAAAUGUACAUAAGUAUUCAGACCCUUUACUCAGUACUUUAUUGAAGCACCGUUGGCAGCGAUUACAGCAUCGAGUCUUCUUGGGUAUGACGCUACAAGCUUGGCACACCUGUAUUUGGGGAGUUUCUCCUAUUCUUCUCUGCAGAUCCUCUCAAGCCCCUUCAGGUUGGAUGGGGAGCAUUGCUGCACAGCUAUUUUCAGGUCUCUCCAGAGAUGUUCGAUCAGGUUCAAGUCCGGGCUCUGGCUGGGCCACUCAAGGACAUUUGGAGACUUGUCCCGAAGCCACUCCUGCAUUUUCUUGGCUCUGUGCUAAAGGUCGUUGUCCUGUUGGAAGGUGAACCUUCACCCCAGUCUGAGGUCCUGAGCGCUCUGGAGCAGGUUUUCAUCAAGGAUCUCUCUGUACUUGCUCCGUUCAUCUUUGCCUCUAUCCUGACUAGUCUCCCAGUCCCUGCUGCUGAAAAACAGCAUGAUGCUGCAUGAUCCCUGCCACAUCCCCACAGCAUGAUGCUGCCACCACAAUGCUUCACCGUAGGGAUGGUGCCAGGUUUCCUCCAGACGUGAUGCUUGGCAUUCAUGCCAAAGAGUUGAGUCUUGGUUUAAUCAGACCAGAGAAUCUUGUUUCUCAUGGUAUGAGAGUAUUUAGGUGCCUUUUGGCAAACUCCAAGCGGGCUGUCAUGUGCCUUUUAUUGAAGGUUGGCUUCUGUUUGGCCACUCUACCAUAAAGGCCUGAUUGGUGGAAUGCUGCAGAGAUGGUUGUCCUUCUGGAUGGUUCUCCCAUCUCCACAGAGGAACUCUAGAGCUCUGUCAGAGUGACCAUUGGGUUCUUGUUCACCUCCCUGACCAAGGCCCUUCUCCCCCGAUUGCUCAGUUUGGCUGGGCAGCCAGCUCUAGGAAGGGUGUCUGUGGUUCCAAACUUCUUCCAUUUAAUGAUGGUUGCCACUGUGUUCUUGGGCACCUUUUAAUGCUGCAGACAUUUUUUGGUACCCUUCCCCAGAUCUGUGCCUCGACACAAUCCUGUCUCUGAGCUCUACGGACAACUCCUUCGACCUCAUGGCUUGGUUUUUGUUCUGACAUGCACUGUCAACUGUGGGACCUUAUAUAGACAGGUGUGUGCCUUUCCAAAUCAUGUCCAAUCAAUUGAAUUUACCACAGGUGGACUCCAAUCAAGUUGUAGAAACAUCUCAAGGAUGAUCAAUGGAAACAGGAUGCACGUGAGCUCAAUUUCGAGUCUCAUAGCAAAGAGUCUGAAUACUUAUGUAAAUGGGGUAUUUCUGUUUUUUUAUUUUAAUAAAUUUGCAAACAUUUCUAAAACCUGUUUUCGCUUUGUCAUAAUGGGGUAUUGUGUAUUGUGCUGAGGAAAUUGUUUUAUUUAAUCCAUUUUAGAAUAAGUCUGUAAAGUAAGACAAUUUGGAAAAAGUAACAGUGUCUGAAUACUUUCCAAAGGCACUGUAUCACUGAGGCCCUGUGUAGCGCUACACCCCUAGCCUGUGUAUGUGUGCCUCUAACAUGUGGUGGUGUGUGUGUCUCUAGCGCUGACAUAUCACUAUGAGACCCAGUGUAUCCCUACACCCUUGGCUUGGUUUGCCCACCAGCUGCCCGUCUGGUGGCAUAAGCUGUCUGUGGUAGCCACCUUCGUCAUUGAGAUCGCUGCUCCCUUCCUCUUCCUCAGUCCUCUACGACGACUUCGUCUCGGGGCCUUCUACAUGCAGGUCAGAUUAACUGUGUGUGUAUGUUGUAGCAUUUUGUCAUCAACAGUUUGGGGACACUAGCGUAGAGAUGGUUUGUUGGACUUGAUCUUGGUUCCCCCCCCCCCCCCCCUCUGGCAGUUAGGUGUUAGUGCAGGUUUUUCUCUGUCUCCCCCUGUGGUAUUUAGGUGUUACUGCAGGUGCUGAUCAUCCUGUCUGGGAACUAUAACUUCUUCAACCUCCUGACUCUGACAAUGUGUCUGUCUCUGCUCGACGACCAGCAUAUAUAUUUCUGGCUACGCAAGAAAUACACUCCUACCCCUAACCGAGGUACACACACUCCGACACAUACACACUGUGUAGGUAAUUUGCAUUGAGGACAGUCAGUCAGUUACUGUAGGCAGGAAGUGACAUGUACACCCUGGUUCUGUCUCUGCUCCAAUCAGGUUCCUCGUUGUGGUGGUGGGCAGGGUUUGUGGUGGAGAUCGCAGUCUGGGCUCUAAUUGGCUUUGGAACGGUCACAUUGUUUGACCUGCAGAUCAACUGGGACAAGGGGACUGUCUCCUCCAGGACAGGUGUGCGUGCGUGUGUCAGUUAUCAGCUGUAGUAGAUAGUCAGUGUUUUGACCGUUAUUGCUGGUUGUCUCCUCAGCGUUUACCUUCCACCAGUUUAACCAGUUCCUGAAGACUGUCACCUUCCCCUCGGUGUGGCUGGGAGUACUGUCUCUCACCUGGGAACUAGUCUCUGCCAUGUUCAGGUAACACACACCUCUCUGGGAAAGUGGUCUGUUAGGUUCAGGUUCUGUGUGUUGUCUAGGUGUGUGUGUGUGUGUAGUGUUUCUUCAGGAGGCUUUGGGAUACUGCUUUGUGUGUGUAUUUACAGGUGUGUGUUCUGUAGGUGUGCGUGUGUGGAGGGGUUCUUCAAGAGGUUUUUGGGUACAGUCCAGUGGACGGUGUUUGGUGCUGCUGCUGUCUCUAUGUUUGCCAUCAGUCUGGUGAGUAGAACACUCUAGAACAGUGGUUCCCAACCCUUUUCGGUUACUGUACCACCAACUGAAUUUUGCUCUGCCUGGAGUACCCCUGAAGUACCACUUCAUGUGCGUUUUACCAUUAGGUCUCAUGAGCCAUCUGAAAUACUCCCUGUGAAUAGGCCAAGUACCCCCAGGGGUCUUAGUACCCCUGGUCGGGAACCACUGCUCUAGAAUAAUGGUAUCUGCACUCAGGUUUGGUAUGUCAUACCUUGUGUGUUCCAAAUCUCGUUCACCUGUAUAGAAUAUGAUUCUAACAGCAGUGUGUGUGUUUAUCCAGGUCCCAUUCACCUAUAUAGAGUAUGACAGUAACGGCAGUGUGUGGCCGGGAGUGCGUCAGGGUUAUGAUGCGGUCAGUCGUUACCAGCUGGUCAACUCCUACGGCCUGUUCAGACGCAUGACUGGGGUGGGGGGGCGGCCCGAGGUGGUCAUCGAGGGAUCCAUGGAUAAAGUCACCUGGACGGUAGGGGUGUGAGAGAGAGAGAGAGGUGGUAGAGGUGUAUAUGGAGAGAGAUGGCUUUUUUACCUGUUUGUAAUGCUUCUGUUAUCAGUACUAAUCUGUUUCAAAGCUGAAGUUCACCAAGGCAUUUAUUUGUUAUCCAACUUAAUUGUAUCCAUUGUCCUACCUCUAUCUCUCUCUCCCUACCCCCCUCUCUCUCCUCCUCCCUCCUCUAGGAGAUAGAGUUUAUGUAUAAGCCAGGGAACCUCAGUGCCCCUCCCUCGGUCAUCACCCCUCACCAACCACGGCUGGACUGGCAGAUGUGGUUUGCAGCACUGGGAACACACACACACUCUCCCUGGUUCACCAGCUUAAUGUACAGACUGCUGCAGGGCAAGACGGACGGUAGGGUACACACACUUCUUCUUUUUUAGGUUAAUGGCAGUGCAUUACUGCCAAUACAGCCAAAUUAACACAAACACACACCUUUUUAAUGUCAGUUUACUGUAUUGUAAAAUAUCUUAAUACCGUUUGCCUCUCUCUCCAGUGAUUGAGCUGAUCCAGUCAGAUGUGUCUCAGUACCCGUUCCACCAGCAGCCUCCCAUGUACCUCAGAGCUCACCGCUACAAAUACUGGUUCACUAAAACACUGGCUGAUGGGUUAGUACAUACACUCUCUCACACACACACACACAGAGAGAACCGCUGGGUGAUGAGGUAGCUGUUGAUUCAUGUUGCACAUUAAUAAUCUGAAUGACGACAUCUUUAUUGAGGCAAUGCAGAAAGCAUCAGUAAACGGGUGACUCAGUGUCAUAGCUGACAUAUUUUAUGUGUGUUGUAGGUCGUAUCCUCAGCGCUGGUGGAGGAGGGUGUACAUCGAGGAGUUCUAUCCCACAGUGCAUCUGGGCGACACUUUCCUGGAGAGCAUGCUCAGCCAACACGGACUCAAGGUAACUAACUACCCAUAGUUCUCAGCAAGCUCCAAGUGUGUGGGUUGUGUGAGUCCUGUAUGUCCUGUGAGUGUGUGUCUGACCCGUGUGUGUACGUGUCUGACACGUGUGUGCGUGUACACGUCUGACCUGUUACUGUCUGACCCGUAUGUGUCUGACCCGUAUAUAUAUAUGUGUGUGUGUGUCUGACCCGUGUGUAGGAUAAGUCCAUCCCUCGGCGUGUGUCUGAGGCAGCUGUGCCCCAGGCGGUGAGGUGGGUGCGCUCUCAGGUGAGGGGUGUGUCUGCGCCCCUGCUGCUCUGGAGCCUCCUCUUCUGCAGCAUCACCCUCUGUCUGCUCCGUGGACAGCAGCUGGAGAUCACACUCAAGACCAAACCUACUGCAGCCAAGGCUGAACCAAAACCCACAGCUACACCCCACCACACUGAAGCUAAGGAGGCCAAUUCCAACGACAAAGACGGCCUAGGACAAAGACCGGAGGAGAGGAAGGAGGUUGAUGCAGAAGAGGAUGAGAGAAGUGGGGAAGACAAUGAGAGUGAAAGAGAAGAUAAUGAUGUAAGAGAC